GUGGUGCUGAAACGGACAGCGGCGCCGGGUGCCGCCGUCCUCUUCCCGAAACGCACGCGCGCACACCGCGAUGGCGAUGGGCGCGCACGCGAAGAAAGGCGGCUCGAGGAACGUGGCAGUGGAACGGAAGAACCUGAUCACCGUGUGCAGGUUUUCGGUGAAGACAUUGCUGGAGAAGUAUACGGCAGAACCGAUCGAUGACUCGUCAGAGGAGUUCAUCAAUUUCGCCUCUAUUCUUGAGCACAUCCUAAGCCAUCGAUUUAAAGGAGCAGGAAGCUGGUUCGAUGGCCAGCGCAGUUUCUGGGACUUCAUCCGCCUGGCCUGUAGUAAAGUGCAGAACAGCUGCAUCGGCAGCAUAGAGAACAUGGAGAACAUCAGCUCGUCCCGAGCAAAGGGCAGAGCUUGGAUAAGAGUCGCACUGAUGGAAAAACGCCUGUCUGAAUACAUUGCCACAGCGCUGAGGGACAGCCGCACCACCAGGAGGUUCUAUGAUGAAGGCGCCAUCAUGUUACGAGAAGAAGCCAGCGUUCUCACAGGAAUGUUAAUUGGUCUGGGGGCAAUUGACUUCAGUUUCUGUUUAAAGGGAGAAGCUCUGGAUGGAAAAACGGAGGCGGUGAUCGACUAUACGCCAUAUCUCAAAUUCACGCAGAGCUAUGACUACCUGAGCGAUGACGAUGAUUGCUGCAGCGUGGACAGCAGCAACAGUGACGACAGCAUUCCUGAGCAUCCCUACAUCCCGCUGGUCACGGACGAAGAGAGCUGGAGCAGCAAAUGUCGCAGGAUGGAUCAGAGGUUUAAGAUCGUCAAUGCCCAGAAGGGCUAUCUGGAGGAGCUCGUACGAUUGCGAGAGUCACAGUUAAAGAACCUAGAGAUGGAAAACAAAAAACUAAACAAGAAACUAGAGGAGAUUCAACUUCAGAGCCAUCAGGAAAAAAGAGAAUUGGAGUCGGUCGUACUGGAGCUACAGGAGCAGCUGACAAGUCUGAUUCCUGGUGGAGCUCAUCCUUUGUCUAAGGACAUAUCUAUUCCUCUUGUAAACCAGUGGCCAUCACUUCAUACAUACAAAAACCAGGAAGAAAGCCAGCUUUACCGCAGCCGCAGUGGAAGCUUUCAGAGUCCCGAGCUUCUCUCAGCACAUGUAAGCUUGGACUCGGAUUCCCAGAAGGCCGAAGGGAAACCAAACGGCCAGCCAUGGUGCCGAACAGAUAAAGAAUAUACACCCUCCAUCUUGGGACUGUGUGGUUCACUGAACUCGUUACCCAGCUGUAAGUCUCUGCCCAGCCUGAGGUCCACAGAGUGCCUGGUGAACAUCAGUGCAGAGCCAAGUCCUGCUCUCACACCCAGCUAGAACCACACACACACACAGACACACACACACAGACAGAAAUAUAUUUUAAUCAACAAAGGCAUCCAAAGACACAGCAGCUGAUCAUUUGCCUACUGUAUGUUUAAUGUUCACAGCAAAUGUAGUACAACGAGUUUACUUGUGUGGUAUAUUACAGAAACAGACGAUUGCCACAGAGUUUCAUAUUGGCACCUAAUUUAUUCAACCUUUAACCUUUCCUUUCUCCUGUUUGAAUGUUUACCGUCAUGUCUCUGGGUGUUUUUGCCAUACACUUUCCAUUAACUGUGGACUAUGCACCGACUGCCUAACCACCAGACACGCUAGCUACACAAUACAUACUUUAUCAAAUCUCAGCACCUGCCAUAUUUGUUUUUCUCUUUAAUUUAUCAAUAGGUUUUCUUUUGGUUGUCUAAAGAUAAACCGAACUGCCAAAAUAUGGCAAUGUAACAGCCAUUUCUGUGCCACGUGAAUACAAAAUGCAUAUAAAAAUACAUAUAUCUGGAGUCUUACAGACAAGUAAACAUAUAAUUUAGUGUACAUGUAACUGCCACUUUAGCACCUUCAGAAUCUGUUCUCACCUCUUGAUAAAAACUGGGCAAAAAAAAUCACUAAAUUAAAGAAUCUGAUUAAAUCUGAUUGAACUUUGUUGUUUGACUGAGGGUGAGAUUGGCACUGGACAGAAUUACAGUCGUAAUUCUAAUGUUUAUUCAUUUUAACACUGUAACAUCACAUUUAUAACGACAGUGGAAACAUGGCGGUUCCUGUUCUCUCUGCAAUAAAACAACUGCCUCUUUUUGAA